AUGGGGCGCCGCGGAGAACAGGUAUUCAAGAUAUUCGAGUCCGGCGGUGUUGAUGAUGUUGGAGAAAAAAACGUGCCAGUGGAAAAGGAGGAGUACUGCGAGGAUGACGGACUGCCACGAGACUAUGGAGCCGUAAAACCACCCAUCGGCUACACUGGCGUUGCGAAACCGGGCUGUCCCAAAUAG